UCUUGCAUUGAGAAGCACCGACGAACGGCGGCGUCGAACGCUCGAUCGCUUUUCAAAAGCUCACUUUGACGCCUCGCUAGCGCGAGCGCGCUCGCACGUUCUUCCAUAAACUCACGCGUUCGAUAAAGCGCGCGCGACCGAGCGGAGGAAAAUUCCUCCGCGUACCGAGUCAAGGUUGAAGCGAUCGCGCCGCGACGAGAAAAAAAUAUAAAUUUCUCAACAACGAUCUCCGACGGGUCGAGAAGAGCUUGUCACGAUUAACGAUUAGCGACUUCCACGCUGAUGCAUUAGCGACUAUUAGCCCCAAGAGGAAUAAACACACGCGAAAAUACGUCUCGCGCGCGAGCAUCGAAGAAUUAAAGACACCGACGAGAGAGCUCCGCUUUGAAGCAGCUUUUUUUAUCAAGCUCCGAAUAAACGGUAUUCACGACACUGAUUUUUCGGGAAUCUAUCACAGAUGCCCGCCCUCAUAUAAACAAAAACAACGAAGCCUCAAACGAGACUCUCAAACGAUGCUAAUCCAUCGGAAAUUCUAUUAGAAACACCAGGCCGAAGUGCUAAGAACACGAAUCAAUGUUGAUCGCUUUUCGUCUCUCUCUCUCUCUCUCUCUCUACGACUACGCAACCUACUAAAUCGGUUAGAAGCGCAGCUCCUAUAUAAGAAGAAUCACCAAUUAUCCGAGGAUGUUCAAUCGGAAGCGUCGGAACGUCGAGUCCACUACGCAUCAAGAUCUAAUGGCCUGGCACGAGUUCGGUCUCCAAAGUUUCUAUGGACCUUGGGGCGUGAUUGCGAGAAAGCCGAACGGAGAUUUGGUCGGCUACUCGGAUUAUGGAUCACCGAUCCCGCCGGAUUUCCAUCCGAUAUCGCCGACCGGGAACGAGCUUUCGUCUCAGGAACAACCGGAUCCUCGUCCCUCGGAGAUGCUCGCAGCCCCACUGAGCUUGCUCGACUUUUCCCGCUUCGAUUCCCCAGGAAACGCGACCGACGAGGAGGACGGAUCCACCGAAAGCCCGACCUCGGGUGACCUCUCGACACGAAAGGCACGGGACACCUUGGAACUCGUAGGAAUCGUCGGCGUCAUCGAAAACGUCGAGGAUGUUUCUGGCAGCGAGGAACGCAGCAACGAAGUCUCGGAACAAUCGACCCUUGCCGAUUCGUCGACCGAUCCCAACAGCUGAUCGACAACGGAGGGGUCAAACAGGCUCAGGAAAAUAAACUCCAUUUUUCUCCCUCUCGAGAUCCGACGACUCAUUUUUCACUCGGAAUGCUUCCCUUCUAAAUCCACGAGCCAGCCGUAUUACUUUUUUUUGUAAAAAAAACACUUUAAAAAUAAAUUCACAAUUCCAUGAGA